AUGAAUGAGAAAAUUAAAACCGUAACAAAUGGCAUAGAAGAAGGAUUAUUAAAUGAUAAUGUUGGGGUGAAAAUUGGAUCAGCGACAGAUGUCAAAGAAACAUUAUUAAGGAAUGAUAAUAUAGGAAAGAAAACUGGAUCAUGGAAUGGUGAUCUGGGUGAUAAAAUUGAAAUCGUAACAAAUGUCUCAGAAGAAGCAUUAUUAAGGAAGAUUGAUAUAAAAAUCAUUCCUUUAUUUACACUCCUCUACACAAUUUGUUUCUUGGAUAGGUAUUUAAGGUUAACUUAUUUGCUUCAUAAUUUAAACUACUAUUAA